AAAGAUAGUGGCAUUGCCACAAGAUGACAAAAACCUUUGCUUUAAACAAGUGAGACGGAUUCCUGAGGAAGAGAUCCAGCAUAGCCAUGUGAAGAAUGCCAUUGUGACUAGAAUUAACUAUGUAUACGUCUCGUUUGAAGAUGUCUGAAGGAACAUCAUUAUGUCUUUUUUUUAUUUCCAGGGUUGGUGACUACAAGCUGAUAGAGGGGAACGCCGGGACGCCUGACGGGUGGAUCCCCCCGCCUAACCUGACGGAGGAGAGUCAGUCUGACGGCGAGGACCCCAACAACGGCACCUGGCUCUUCAACCUUAAAGACGACCCCACAGAGCACCACAACCUGGCGGACAGCAUGCCGGACAAGCUGAAGGAGAUGCAGGCUAAGCUGGAGGAGUACAGGAAGAGCCUGGUGCCCGCCAUGGACCCGCCGCCCGAUCCCAAGUCUACCCCGACGCUCUGGGGAGGGGCGUGGUCACCCGGUUGGUGCUAGGCAACGGGGCGUGGUCACCCGGCUGGUGCUAGGCAACUGGGGGUGUGGAUCUGCUGCUAAGCAAUCAUCGUUGGAUUUGUUUUGGGUUUGGACGAGGCAUUUAUUGGGAAACAGUCAGACAUUAAACGUAAUUAUAGCGUCCAG